GUUUCUGCCACAGGACCAAAAGCUAUAAAUUUACAACAACCAUUGCAAGAUAGCUUGGAUAAUUUAUCAAUUUGGGCUUUAAAGCUUGGCAUCGAUUUCUCUACGGAGAAAACAGAGUUGGUCGUUUUCUCAAGGAAGCGUGAUCCAGCUCAGCUUCAGCUUCAGUUGGUUGGUAGAACGAUAGCCCAAGUCCUGACUUUUAAAUACCUUGGAAUUUGGUUCGAUUCUAAAGGCACAUGGGGAGGCCACAUUAGGUAUCUAAUAACGAAAUGCCAACAAAGGAUAAAUUUUCUGCGAACAAUAACUGGAUCAUGGUGGGGUUCUCAUCCAAGUGACAUGAUAAGAUUGUAUCAAACAACAAUACUUUCAGUAAUGGAAUAUGGGUGCCUCUGUUUCCGUUCAGCUGCGAACACUCACAUUAUUAAACUGGAACGGAUACAGUAUCGCUGUUUGCGAAUUGCCUUAGGUUGCAUGCAGUCGACCCAUACGAUGAGUCUUGAAGUACUAGCGGGAGUUCUUCCUUUAAAAGACCGAUUCUGGGAUCUCUCUUCUCGUUUACUUAUUCGAUGUGAGGUUAUGAAUCCACUGGUAAUUGAAAAUUUUGAAAGACUUGUCGAGCUUCAACCCCAAACCAGAUUCAUGACAGUGUAUUUCAAUCACAUGUCACAAGAAAUAACGCCUGCUAAGCAUGUUCCCACAUACGUCAAUAUACUAGAUAUUCCUGAAUCCACUUUAUUCUUCGACACGUCCAUGCAAACAGAGAUUCGUGGAAUUCCGGAUCAUCUACGCUCGCGGGAGAUCCCUAAAAUAUUCACAAGUAAAUAUCAACACAUAGACUGCCUUAAAAUGUUUUACACUGAUGGGUCACGAAUCAGUGAGGCCACUGGUUUCGGUAUUUUCAACAAUAAUUUUUCAAUUUCUCUCAAACUUGCAGAACCCGCCUCUGUUUAUAUAGCGGAACUAGCAGCAGUUCACUAUAGUUUGCAAAUAAUUAAUACUUUACCCCCGAACCAUUACUUUAUACUCACUGAUAGUCUCAGCACAAUUGCAGCUCUACGCUCAAAGAGGAUUGAUAAUCACGAUCCAUUCUUUUUGGGGAAGAUACGAGAAUCUCUGAGUAACCUAACAAGAAAAUGUUAUAAAUUUACCCUAGUGUGGCUCCCCGCCCAUUGCUCUAUUGCGGGCAAUGAGAAAGCUGAUAAUUUAGCCAAGAUUGGUGCACUAGAUGGUGAAAUAUAUGAAAGACCCAUCGCUUACAAUGAAUUUUAUAGCGCUUCUCGACAGAGGACACUUGCUAGUUGGCAAACAUCUUGGGACAAUGGAGAUAUGGGACGAUGGCUACACUCAAUUAUCCCUAAAGUAUCAACGAAGGCAUGGUUCAAAGGAUUGGAUAUGCGCAUCUCCGUCGUAUUGGGCUCGCUGAGGGUAAUCAUUGUGCUUGUGGAGAAGGUUACCAUGACAUUGAGCAUGUUGUUUGGUCCUGCACUGAAUAUCGUGAAGCCAGAUCACAAUUAGUAGAUUCUUUACAAGUCCGAGGAAGACCAAUCCAUGUUCCUGUUAGAGACAUCCUGGCGUAUCGCGAUCCUCUAUACAUGGAACUUAUCUAUCAUUUUCUAAAAACAGCGUCUGUCAAAAUUUAAUUAAAUUCUUUCCUUCAUACUCUCAUCCAAGGCUAAUCAUUCACCAAUUAAAGUGUCCUAGAAUAUUUAGUUUUUAAAUUUAGACAAUAACAGAAAAAAAGUAAAUAAAUGCACCCGAAAAUACUAGAUCAUUAUGAAAUACAACAAUGUAAGGAAAAAAGCAAACAAUAAAGUGAUUUCAGUGUUAGUUUUAGACAAAGUACUAGUAUAGUUAAAAUUAGUCUUAAGGAUUUUUGUAACGUGCUAUGUAAAAAAAGAAACUGGCGUAAAAAGCUUUUGCAAAUGCCGUGUCAAAUAAACGUAUGGAAAAAAAAAAAUAAGUUA